CUUCCGCGCACCGACCCCGGGGGUGGGCGGAGCGGCGGCGGCCUGGGGACCAGGGCGGGCCUGGACGCCUGCCCGGCCAUCCCCGUGUGGCUGGCCGAGGACGACCUGGGCUGCAUCAUCUGUCACGAGCUGCUGGCCCGGCCCGCCACGCUGCCCUGCGGCCACAGCUUCUCCCGCGACUGCCUGAUGGGUCUGUGGGGCGCGGGGCGCCACGGGUCCUGCCGCACCUGCCGCGAGGGCGCCGAGCGGCCGCUGCAGCUGCGGAAGAACACCAUGCCGCAGGACCUGGAGGACAAGUACAGUCGGGAGGCGCGCGAGCUGGAGGGCCCGAGCCCAGCACCCGGGCCCUCGGGCCGCACAGCGCAGCUGCCGGCUUUGUCAGAUGGGGUGGACCUUUCCUUGGCUUCUCCAAAACUAGUGACUUCCAACACACCUGAGGGGAAAAUGAGAGACAUUCUCCAUGACCUAGAAGAGAUCCAGGAAAAAUUACAAGAAAACUUCAUGAGGAAAGAGGCCCUUGAAGAACAAAUGCAGGCAGGCCUGCCCACCAGCCCUGGGGUGUUCCACUGUCCUGAGACUCAGAGAGAGGCUGUGUUGCAAGUUCCUUCUUUGAUAGGUGUGAAAGAUGGAUCCGCUUAAAUCCUGGCAAAGGUACUUUGUUCAGACCCCCAGUGUCCCCUUCACAAUUGAGAAGCCAUGAAGUUUGUCUUGUGAAGGUAGAGCUCCUUCCCAGCAUUCUAGAGGGAAAUUCCAUCAGUGCUUUCUAGAUACUAAUCUGUCCUCUCGGCUUUAUCCAAUGUACUUAAUAUA